AUGACGCGACAAAAAUGCGACUUGCAUUCACAAUUGCAGCGGCACUGUGCCAAUACAGCAAAAUGCAUGCAUUACCACUUCUCUUCCGCCUCAGCUUCACUUCAAAACGAAGACCGAGAAAGAGUACAACAAAAACACAAUGGUGCCCCCCUUACGGCUGUCGAGGCGAGCAAUGCCUGCAAGGCCCUGCACCGACUUGGCGCAUGCUGGGCGGAGGGUGCGCGGACGAUGGCCGUAUAUCCCAAGCACAGUGCCCCCGUCGUGCCCGGCCCGCGCAAUGGCUCCCUCCCAGUGCAGCGACGCGCUACGCGGUGCGGCGGGGCUCGGCACGAACGCCGCAGUGUCGCUGGCGAUGGCGGACGGCGGCUUGUACGCACACUGACAUGCCGCAGAAAGGAAGCUUGA